GCACUAUCAUGUGCAUUCUCAUUCCAUAGUUCAUACUUGUUCCCCCAAAAUUCUCUAAAUCUCCCCAAAUUAUAUUCUCAUACAAUUAAUUAAGCUUUACUCAUGGAAGAUCAUCAUCAAGCUACUAAAACUACUAGCAACAACAUUAGUACAACAACAACUACUGCAUCUACUUCUUCUUCUAGUAAAGGAGGAGGAGAUAGAACCAGCACCAGCACCACCACCAGCGGCGGCGAGCCGGUUCGGUCACGGUGGACACCCAAACCGGAGCAAAUCCUCAUCUUAGAAUCCAUUUUCAAUAGUGGUAUGGUUAACCCACCCAAGGAAGAAACCGUCCGAAUUCGAAAACUCCUUGAGAAAUUUGGUGCUGUUGGUGAUGCUAAUGUGUUUUAUUGGUUCCAAAACCGCCGCUCUCGCUCUCGCCGCCGCCAACGCCAGCUUCAAGCCUCUCUUGCCGCCUCCGUCGCCACCCCAACUCAGACACCACCACAACAACCACCGCCUCACCCGGGUUAUUUUGAUUUAGGGCAUCAUCGUACUACUAGUACAUGCACAAUACCAACUUCUUCUUCUAGUGGUGUUACAUGCUUUGCACCAUGUAAUUCUACUUCUUCUUCUACCACUUUUUGUGAUUAUGGUGGUGGUGUUGUUGAUGAUGUUUUUGGUAAUUAUUCUGGUCAAAUGGAUUUAGUUAAUUCUACUAAUCAUCAAAUGGAUCAUCGCUCUUCGAAUUCUUCCAACAUCGACUUUCAAUCGGGGAUUAUAACGGUGUUUCUAAAUGGUGUAGCAACGCAAGUCCCGGGCGGCGCGUUUGACAUGAAAGCAAUGUUUGGGGAAGAAGUAAUAUUGGUGCACUCUUCUGGUGUUCCUGUGCCAUUCAAUGAGUUUGGGAUUUCUCUUCAAAGCUUACAACAUGGAGAGAGUUACUUCCUAGUCCCAAGAAUCUCUUAAAAUGGGAAUAAAAGGUUGCACCGACCAGUUUCGGAUCUUUCAUCAUCUCUACGUCACUCAAGAAAAAAUAAUUAAUUAGUUACCUAAGAUAGAUCAUCAUUAUUAAUUUUUAUAUUUUUAAUUACUACACAAACAACUCUUAUUUUCUAGUGUUUAUUCUAUUUCUAUGUAUCAGAUUUUUUU